AUGAUCCAAUCAGCCGUUACAACACAAGCGGUAGCGGCAUUGCGAGCCAUUGUCAUGUCCACUGGCUCUGCCGUCAUGCUGUUUCAAACUUCGACAACAUUGGCAUUGGUGUCAUUGGGCACCUUGCCACCACUCUUCUUGGCAGCUCGCCAAGUAGGUCAGACAUUGAGAGAAAAGCAACGUCACGUACAAGACCUGCACAGCCACGCGUCGUCACUAGCUGAAGAAGGUCUCAAUGGCAUUCGAACCGUGGUGCAGUUUGGAGCGCAAUCCUUGGAAUCCAAACGAUACAGCGAGGCAGCCUCCAAUGCGCACGACCAUGCCAUUGCUACGGGACGUACGCAGGCAUUGUUCGACGGAGCAGUUCACGUAGGUGGUGCCAAUGGCGCCAUUCUGACUGUGCUGGGAUACGGUGGUCACUUGGUCCAAGCAGGUGCUAUCACGGCUGGUGAUUUGACCGGAUUCCUGCUCUACUCGCUCUUGAUGGCGGGCAAUGUCAGUUCGCUGAGUGGCACCUAG